AUGAUCACUGCACGACAGGCUGCUUAUUCGGCCAUCGGGCUAUCAUCGAUAUGCGUCCUUAUGACCGUACUAUACAUGCCGAUCUUCAUUUCCAAGGUACAAUCCAUUCAGGACCGACUUUCGAGAAACAUGGAGGAUUUCGACAUAAUGGAGAAAACAACCUGGAGCCAUCUCAAAGAGGCAAGAGGUGAGAUUCCUGUACGGACAGUCUCCAAACGGCAAGUGGAAAUAUGCGAAUGCCAAGAGACGAAUCCUUGCCCACCAGGAGAAAAAGGACGUCCAGGAUUCGACGGUAUGAACGGUACACCCGGUGAGCCAGGAAUGCCCGGUGCACCUGGAUUACCAGGAAUCGUACCCCCGUCUGAGGCAACAAGUACCAGUGAUUGUCGCAUGUGCCCACCAGGUUUACAAGGGCCACCAGGCUACCCCGGCCAGCCUGGUCCACAAGGGCAACCUGGUGAGCCUGGAUCACCAGGAAUAGACGGCCGUCCUGGACAAGAAGGUCCUCACGGUCCACCUGGACCGAUGGGUCCAGCAGGCGAAGGAGGCAAUGAUGGAGAACCUGGUUCACCAGGCCAACCUGGCAUACAAGGCGCAAAAGGUCCUACAGGACCUCCGGGUGACAUUGGACCAGUUGGCCACCCAGGUAAUCCUGGACAUCCUGGACCACCAGGGCAACCGGGACCUGUUGGUGCACCUGGAAAACAAGGACUAGAUGGAGAAGCUGGUAUGUCUGGAUACUUUGGCGGUAUUGGAAAGCCCGGUGAGCCAGGACUACCAGGAACAGACGCUAGCUAUUGUCGUUGCCCAGGUCGACGUAAAAAUGGCCAUGUAUUCGCAAGAUUCAGUUGA